UUUCCAUAGAUCGUAAGGAUCUUCCUAAUUUCCAGUGAUGUGACGAGUUUGGAGCUGUGAGGUUGGGAAUAACAUUUUCUCAUUGCUGGAGCUGUGAGGUCGAGUCUAUAUUUUUCUCUUGCCGGCUAUAUCUGGAGUCUGUUGUCAGAUUCACUGAAUUUUCCCAGAUUGCUGUGCAAAUGAAUCAUCUGAGCAUUAAGGCACCUGCUGUUAAUGGAUGGUGCCAGACUGGCACUUCUCUCUGCCCGCUUCCAAGAUGAUGAAGUUGAAAGCAUUCUGUCUGGAUUACUGGCAGUUCCUGUGUCUGCAGCCCCUUAAUGGGCUCUAUAAGAGUGUUGAAGGGGAGGUCCCUGGAGGUGAAACCGGAGCUUCCCUAGACAGCUCAUCAAGUUAUCAUCAAGGCUCUAUAACGCACAGCUCGUCGAUAAGCCCUGAGCAGUACGACCACCCUUCCUACGGGAUUUAUUCAGUUUCCCCUGGGCAACGCUCACGACGACCGAAGCUGCAGCACUCCACAUCUAUUCUGCGCAAGCAAGCUGAAGAAGAGGCUAUUAAACGCUCCAGAUCCCUAUCCGAGAGCUAUGAGCUGUCUUCAGACCUACAGGACAAGCAGGUGGAAAUGCUGGAGCGCAAAUAUGGAGGCCGUCUCAUAACCAGACAUGCAGCACGCACUAUACAAACUGCAUUCCGGCAAUAUCAGAUGAACAAGAAUUUUGAGAGGCUCCGAAGUUCAAUGUCAGAAAACCGCAUGUCAAGACGGAUUGUGUUGUCCAAUAUGAGAAUGCAGUUCUCCUUUGAAGGGCCAGAGAAAGUCCACAGCUCCUAUUUUGAAGGAAAGCAGGUGUCACUGUCUAAUGAUGGGACAAAACUAGGGCACCGUAUGGUGCAAUCGGAUUGUGGGGAUCUUGGUGAGCAGGCAUCCAUAAAAUCCCCCGCGGGGUCCAGCGAUUUUGCUGAUGCCAUCACGGAACUGGAGGAUGCUUUCUCCAGACAAGUCAAGUCACUUGCGGAAUCUAUUGAUGAUGCUUUAAACUGCCGUAGUUUACAUGCAGAUGAGGCACAAGCAUCUGAUCAAGUCAGAGGUCGGGAACUAGAAAGAAAUACCUGCGGUCAGAUUAAGAAAGCACAUAAUCUGGAUCACAGGAAACUGGAUGAAAUGACAGCAUCAUACAGUGAUGUUACAUUGUAUAUUGAUGAAGAAGAACUAUCUCCUCCUCUUCCUCUUUCCCAGUCUGUGGAUAGACCGUCUAGCACAGAAUCUGACUUGCGACUUAGAUCAAUGAACUCUGCCCAAGAGUACUGGUCCAUGACUCACAAAGACGAUAAGUUAGAUACUGACACAAGCUGCCGAAGCACCCCAUCAUUGGAGUGCCAGGAUCACAGAUCGCGUAUAGACCAUCUUCCUUUGCUUACUAUCGAACCUCCUAGUGACAGUUCAGUUGACUUGAGCGACCGGUCUGAAAGAGGAUCUAUAAAAAGGCAAAAUGUGUAUGAACGAGGGAUCCACAGUCAGCAAGGAAGUCCCAAACAUAUCACCCAUAUUCCCACCAAGAUAAUCCCUAGGGACGAGGAACAAUCCCGCCAUCGGCCCAGGCCAAUUGAAGCUCAGUUAAUCAUUAAUGGCACUGUAAACCGUCAGAGUAAGUCUGAAUCUGAUUACUCUGAUGGUGACAAUGACAGCAUAAAUAGCACUUCUAAUUCGAAUGACACCAUCAACUGCAGCUCAGAGUCCUCCAGAGACAGCCUCAGAGAGCAGACUCUGAGCAAACAGACUUAUCAUAAAGAGACACGCAAUAGCUGGGAUUCACCAGCAUUCAGCAAUGAUGUGAUCAGGAAACGACACUAUAGAAUUGGGCUGAAUCUUUUCAACAAGAAACCAGAAAAAGGAGUUCAAUAUCUAAUUGAACGAGGCUUUGUACCCGACACCCCAGUUGGAGUGGCUCACUUCCUCCUGCAGAGAAAGGGACUCAGCCGACAAAUGAUUGGAGAAUUUCUGGGCAACAGGCAAAAGCAGUUCAACAGAGAUGUUCUUGACUGCGUGGUUGAUGAAAUGGAUUUCUCUGCAAUGGAAUUAGAUGAGGCGCUCAGGAAGUUCCAAGCUCAUAUCCGGGUUCAAGGAGAGGCUCAGAAAGUAGAACGACUUAUUGAAGCAUUCAGCCAGCGAUACUGCAUUUGUAACCCAGGCGUUGUCCGGCAGUUCCGAAACCCAGACACCAUCUUCAUCUUGGCAUUUGCAAUCAUCCUUCUGAACACAGACAUGUACAGCCCAAAUGUCAAGCCUGAGCGCAAGAUGAAACUAGAGGAUUUUGUGAAGAACUUAAGAGGUGUGGACGAUGGAGAGGACAUCCCACGAGAGACGCUGAUAGGCAUUUACGAGCGAAUCCGCAAACGGGAACUUAAGACAAAUGAAGACCAUGUCUCUCAAGUUCAGAAGGUUGAAAAACUUAUUGUAGGCAAAAAGCCGAUCGGAUCCCUACACCAUGGACUUGGCUGUGUUCUCUCCCUACCACACCGAAGGUUGGUCUGCUACUGUCGUCUCUUUGAAGUUCCUGAUCCAAACAAGCCACAGAAACUUGGCUUGCAUCAGAGAGAAAUUUUCCUAUUUAAUGACCUGCUAGUGGUAACAAAAAUCUUCCAAAAGAAGAAAAAUUCCGUAACCUACAGCUUUAGACAGUCAUUUUCCCUGUGUGGAAUGCAAGUGAUCCUGUUUGAAAAUCAAUAUUAUCCAAAUGGCAUCCGUCUCACAUCAGCAGUUCCAGGAGCUGACGUUAAGGUUUUGAUCAACUUUAACGCUCCAAAUCCUCAAGAUCGCAAGAAGUUCACGGACGAUUUGAGAGAGUCCAUUGCAGAGGUUCAAGAAAUGGAAAAGUACAGAAUAGAGUCGGAGUUAGAGAAGCAGAAGGGGGUGGUGCGUCCAAGCAUAUCUCAGUGUUCCAGCUUGAAAAAGGAGUCUGGUAAUGGCACUUUGAACCGGACGUGUCUUGAUGACAGUUACGCCACAGGAGAGGGCCUUAAACGCAGUGCCCUCAGCAGCUCCCUUAGGGACCUCUCUGAAGCAGGCAAGCGUGGGCGGCGCAGCAGUGCAGGAUCGCUAGACAGCAAUAUGGAAGGGUCCAUCAUUAGCAGUCCUCAUAUGCGCAGACGAGCCACCUCAACUCGGGAAUGUGCUUCUCGUCAAAGUAUACCUAACUCUUCCUCCCUCUUAGGUUCUUUCUUCGGUAGUAAGAGGGGGAAGCCAUCUUCCCAAGGCCACCUGUCUGGACCACCCCAGCAGCAGCACCCCACUUUGAUUUCACACCAACAACAUCCAACAAGUCAUCAUGCAGGACAAGCCGAGGGGCAAACACAGGCACAAGUGCACGCACAGCAUUCACAGUAUUGCCACAUGCAGCAGAACCCACCACCGUAUCACCACCUUCAUCAUUACCACCCUCCCCAGCACAUCCAACCACAUCAGUACCACCCACAUGGACAGCAUGCUUCGCACGCAUCCUACGCACAACACCCUCACUCUAGCCAUUCACACUCUGGGCACUCAGCACAUUCCCAGCAUGCACAGCAUCAUCAGCAGAUUCCUUCUACGUCCACAAGCACGAAACCCAAACACAGUGGUAUUAGCACAAUAGUUUAGAGGUAUCCUUUUAGCAGAACUUCCAGUGGGGAGUUAGAUUAAUAGAAUUCCAUCUCCUUAACAUGUGAAAGCAUACAUAGCUUUCAUGGUAACAAGGAGGUUUUCAUGGUAUCAUGAAGGUAUUAAGGAGACUGACCGUUAUUUAUUAUUUAAGGACAAAAUAGAAAUAGCAAGAGGAACGGCCUAGUUGCUACAUUAUUAAUAAGCAAAAACUCUAGCGCGGUUUAUAAUAUUAUAUAUCUAAUAAUCCUAGCUAUACUGCGUGAGUGUACACAGAUAUCUAGUAUCUUAUUAAUAUACUGCGUGCGUGUACACAUUAGUACCUUAAAUAAUUGUACAUGAAGAAAGAACAAAUAUUUCUUUUUUUUCUCCAAUUCUAGCAAUAUCGACUCACUAACAUUUACACUUGACGUAGAUUGUUGGAAAAGAAAAUAUAUUAAAAAAGAGAAUACAGUAUUUUCCUAAAAAAAAAAAAAAAAAAAGCAAUCCACAAUUAAAUGUGCCAAUAACCAUAGACAUUUUUUUUUCUGUACCGGUCUUAGUUACUUUGCUUGUACAAAGGAUAAAUUAUUCUUAUGUCAAAAGAUAAUUAUGAUACAGAUCAGUAUUAUGCUAUUGCAUUUCAGGUAAUUGAGCUAGCUUAGGGAAAACCUGCAGUUUGUAAUAGAACUGACGAUAGAUACACACACAUACACACACACAUACAUACAUACAUACACACACACACACGCACCCUCUGACACUUUAAUGGCUGUAAGAACUGUGAAUUUUCAUUAUCUACCUUUUUAUAUGCAUAUAUAAAUAUAUAUAAAUAUAUAUAUACAUGAGAUUUGUA